UUUUGGCGAGAUGUCAGAGGGUGGCGCGACGGGAUGUAUUUUAUUUCAAUGCAUGUCAGCGGAGCAUCAGGAGACUCUGCUGUAACACGCACAGAUCGGCCAAGGUGCCGAGAAAAGUUUUCUGAAGAUGGCAGGCUCGCACUGCCAAACCCUCACCUCGAAAGCAUGGGCGCGGACACCCUAUAUCACUUGUCCCUCGGUACACACACACACGAUCUAAAGGAAAUGUUUGGAGACGUAAAGUUUGUGUGCAUGGGAGGCACGCCCCAACGAAUGGAAAGUUUUGCGAGGUUUGUGAAGAAAGAGAUAGGCAUUAAGCUACCCACCGGAUCUGACCUCUACGACAUCAGCCAUCACUCGUAUCGGUACUGCAUGUACAAAAUAGGACCCGUACUCUCUGUCAGUCAUGGCAUGGGUGCGCCUUCUUUGUCUAUCCUAAUGCACGAAAUUCUGAAGCUUAUACAAUAUGCGGAGUGCCAGGACCCAAUACUCAUCCGCAUUGGAACGAGUGGAGGUAUUGGCAUCCCUGCUGGGUCUGUGGUGGUUAGCAACAGUGUCGUCAACGGCCUCUUGAAAGAAGAGCUGGAAAUGCACAUACUCGGUCAAGUGGUGCACAGACGUGCUAGGUUGGACCAGAAGUUAGCGGAAGCGAUUGUAAAUAUUGGCAAAAAUCACUUGCAUCAGCUGAACAUCGUCACUGGCAAAACGAUGUCUACCAACGAUUUUUACGAAGGUCAAGCCAGGCUUGAUGGUGCCUUCUGCUCUUACACGGAAGUUAUGAAGAUGGACUACAUGCAGCGGCUGAAGAGCCAGGGGGUUGUGAAUAUCGAAAUGGAAGCUGCCCAAUUCGCAUCCAUGUGCCAUGUUGCUGGUGUGAGAGGUGGCUCGUUUUGGUUCUUCGGACAACCUUCGCAAUUCUUUACAAGAGCGUCCUGGAGUAGCCAGUCUCGAGUAGUUUGUGAGUAGCAUCUCAUUUUUUUACCAAUCAAUCAAUCAAUGAACUUCGAUGUCAAGAUCGAUGUUUGGCCACCAUACGUAGGAUCGUGCCGGAGCUUUCAUUUUAAUGGUUCCCAUGUGACCACGGUGAAGCUCGCCAAGAACUGACUGUCCGUGUUUUGCUGGAAUGACGGUGCGAGUGCCCCAUGUUAGAAGUCCUUGUCGCACAGAUAGUUCAUCCUUGCCCCGGGUGUAAGGCACAAGAUCUUUGUCCGAGUUAGAAUUGUCCCAGCCAUCCAUGACAUUCCAAUGUAUCUUGGACAGAAUAACAUCUCGCCGGGUUGCGUCUCGCAGUUGUGAAUGAGUAACAGGAAGCUCUUCGAAUAGGCUGAAAUGGUAAAGCUCAACUUCAUCAGGGCCCUCCAGUGGAACAUGACCUAAGCGUUACAAACUGUUAGCAUUGCUGUUGUGACUAUAUCGUAGUCCAUGCCGGAAAGAAAGAGAGCAUAGCGUUGGAGACGUGCUGCCUGCAUUGCAGGUAUACCCUUCAUUGGCGAGAAGAUCUGUGUCAAUGGUUCAUGGUCCGUUAUAAGUCUCCAUAUUUUUCUUUUUUAUCCCAACCAACCAAUGAGUCUGAAGUGUCUACCAUAUAAGUAAGUGCAUGUAGCACUUCUGCACUCCCCAGACAAUGACCAGGGCCUCUUUGUCAAUUUGAGAGUAGUUCUUUUCUGCCCCUUUAAGGGUUCGCGAGGAAAAUACGAUUGGCCUUUCCGUCCCACGAGGCAUUUCAUGAGAAAGGGCUACGUCCAUGUGAUGGUACGGCAUCACAUGCGAGCCGGAGUGGUUGCUUCGGAAUGUAGUACACAAGGACUGUGUCAGACGCAAUAAUUUCUUUCGCGUUUGGGAAAGCAACUUUGCAGUCUUUUGUCCACUUCCACUUUGUGGUUUUCUCCAGAAGCGCGUGCAAAUGUCGCAAAAGGUUUACGCUGCCCGGAAUAAGCUUUCGGUAGUAUUUGGCCACUCCAAGAGAAGAACGCAGCUGGCUGACGUUUUGCGGUGCUAGAGCAUCAGGCAAAGCACGAAUCUUGUCUUGGGUCUUGUGCAAGCCUUCGAGGACUUCCGAGAGAUUGCUAAGAUGAUCCUCUUCAUUAGUACCCAGUGCCGGAUUUACAGUAGCGUGGCCCCGGGGCAGCGCACAUGUUGGGUACCUUCUGCCUGGUCGGUACUUUUCAUUAUGCUUCAUAAGCAUAAAUUGUGGCCAUGUCCACAGAGAUGCCCGACCUUGGUGCGACUGUUCCGUGCGGUAUAAAGGGUCUUAUCCUAUAAAAGUCUACCCGCGCCGGCACGCCGUGCUCGCC